GCCACUCUUCCAGUUAUUAUGCUAAUAUCUGUCAUCAUUAAACUGUUAAAUGCAUUGUGUGCUAAAUACAAAAGUGAGAGCGGAUCUUUUUCAUGUCUUCAGGAGAACAAUGCAGUCUAUCUAAUUAUUUGCUGACCCAAGGCAGACAAUAUGUGAAUUGAAUAAGUGAGUUAGACACGGCUGUGAUGUAGAAAGUAGAGUUUACUGGACACUGUUCGUUGAUGGAGAAAAUCCCCUACUGUGCACUGUGAUGUACAAAGUUCACUGUCAGAGACUGUGCUGUGAUGUAAGAAAUUCUUCUGUGAUGUAGAAAGUUUACUUUCUGACACUGUGUUCUGUGAUGUAGAAAGCAUAGUUAACUGGUAGACACAGUUCUGUGCUGUAGAAAGUUCAAUAGUGACUGUGUUUUGUGAUUUAGAAAGUUAACUAGUUACUACUAUAUUCGGUUUUCUGUGACAUAGAAAGUAUUGUUCAUUAUUACGGUAUAUACUUUUCACAUCAGAUUGGUCACUGGGGAAAUUUGUCAGUCGCUAAUCAAUACCGAGUGAGAAAGGAAGACCACUGGAUAUAUAUACAACCUUCUCAUAAUUACCAUGUUUUAACUGGUAAUUCUGUAAAAGGUUUUGCCUCGAGAAGUUUCUGUGUUGUAAAGUGAUGCUUUUUAUUGAUUAAAUGAGUUUAAUUGAUGUGCAGCGCUGUCAGUGGUUCAGUUAUUAGAUAAUUUGCUAUUUCUCUUCAGAUAACAUAUUAGAGUAAUUACCAAAAGUUUCAUGUUGAGUUUUAAUGAUGGAAAACUAGGGAGAAUUUUAUAUGAUUUUGAGAGGAAAUUGCUUUUUCGUCAUACGAUGAAAAUUAAAGUAUUUGAAAUGUUAUCAUGUGCUUGAUUUGAACAGUAAGGAGAUUAUUAGCAGAGUUGAUGCAUUUUGGAUUUUACUGUAAAAGAGUCAUGAUGGCUGCUAGUAAACGGAAGAAGAUGAUGUUGUAUGGAGGCUUCACCCUUGUCAUAAUAGUAGCCUUCAUACAAGUUACGUAUUUCAACGAGGCUUACAGUCCGCUACAAGUGUUGUCAGAUGCGCGGAGCGAGGCUAGGAGAUUGCUGAAAUUUAUAACAUUAUAUCAUUAUCAGUGUAACAAUACUAUACAAGGUGUAAAUGUAUCAAACUGGCCAGUAUGCUUAGAGAAAUCAGGAGGUUUAAAUCUGGUGCUAGGAGGUCCGAGGAUAAUGUAUUCUGUUGGGCCAACAAAUGAUUAUUCUUUGGAGAGGAUUUUAGCAUUUAACUUUUCAUAUUCAGUGUAUAUUUUCCAUCAUCAAAAAUUAUCCUUAGACUUUGUAAGAACAUCUUUAAAGAAUAGGACAAGAGUUGUCAAAACCAUAAUUGUGCCAAACGACCCUGCAGAUUUUGGGAGAAAUUCCUAUGAAACACAAACCUUGAAUAAUGUGUUUGAACUACUGAAACAACCUGUAGUAGAUAUAUUAAAAAUUGAGACAUUGUCAGACAUGAAACACUCUCAUGAACUCUUACAAUAUAUAGUCAAAGAUCAUCUUCUUACCAGUGUUAGACAGUUACAUCUUUCACUAUAUAUAGAUAAAGUAGAUGAUGAUUAUUUAUACAGUUGGUAUAAAGCAUUAUAUGAGUUAUUUCAUCAUGAGGGAUUCCGCUUGUACCACACGGCAGCCUCUGACACCCUGUGCCUCCAGGUGACACUGAUGGAGUCCUGUAUCUACUAUAUGUCGUGGAUCCGAGACCCAGGGCCAGAAACUUUUAUUCUCUUUCCACCUGCCAUAGAUGGUUCUGAAGGUUUUGAGGAAGAUCGUCUGCUUGACUACAUGGAUGAUGUGGAAGCUUCGUGUAGUAACGACCUUGAAGUAAAUUUACCGUCUGCUGCAGUAAUUACACUGUGUAUGGAUACAGUAGACAGAAAUCCCAACAAACCAUGCCAUGUUGUGUUAUUCAGAAGUUCUGGUGUUCAAGGAUCUAUUACAGCAAUACCUAACAGCAGAUGUUCAGUUGUUACCUUGGAAAUAGAAUCAAAUAAUCAGGGUGAAGUGACAUUCUUUGUCAAACAUAGGAGGUAUGAGCGGAGUGUCAUAGAACCAGUGACAUUAGAGGAAGCUCUACAGAAACAUCUACCUAUGUCACACACCAAUCUUGUUUAUAUUGACUUGAACAAAUCUUUCUGGGACAUUCUUACUCUUAUACUUGAUAGUGGAACUUUCUUUAAUGUUGAUCAAGUUAUAGUAAAUAUAAAGAAGUUGUGGGGUAAACACCGAGCAAUAGAAUUACGUAAAAAGUACAGCGAAUUACAGCGUAUAGAAGCAUAUGGCUUCCGAAAAUAUAAAAUCAAUGAGAAUAAACUGAUGUUCAGAGGAAAAUCUGUAACUGACAAUGACAAUUUUAAGAUAAAUUACUUAAAAACAGCAACAGGAAGAUCAUAUCAUUGAUACAGGUGUUAGUUAUAGGAAACAGUUAUUUACUGCCAUCAGUAUUCUAGGAUACCAUUCAUUUUGUUUUACUCAUGUGAACUUCACACAACAUGUUUAAGCAGCUGUCGAUUUUACUUCAUCCUAAUCGGGAACAGCUUGGCAAACAGCAAAACAAAUAAUUUAGUGAACAUUCUACAAAAAAUUAAAGCCACAAUUAAAUCAUGUGUUAUCAAAAGGCUAUAAAUAGUCUUGAAUUCAAUUAUUUAUUUGCUCAUGUUAAGGUGAGAAUGUCUUGCCAUUCACAUGGGUGCAAAUAUUUCAGUCCAUACAUAGCUUUGUCUUAAAAGUUCUGAUACUAGUAUUAGAUUCUGGUAGUAGUGAAUGUACCCCUACUCUCCAUAGAGUGCCAACAGCAAAAUUAACUUGCCUAUGUCAGUUGUAAAGAGCUAGGCCAGCCUGUAUAUACAUUUUAUCUAUUGUUAGUCUAUGUCAGUAGUAUGGAACUAGGCCAACCUGUACAUUAAUGAAGUCUAUGUCAAAAGUAUGGAACUAGGUCAGCCUGUACAUACAUGUAGUCUAUGUCAAUAGUAUAGAGCUAGGCCAGCCUGUACAUACAUGUAGUCUAUGUCAAAAGUAUGGAACUAGGUCAGCCUGUACAUUAAUGUAGUGUAUGUCAAUAGUAUAGAACUAGACCAGCCUGUACAUUAAUGUAGUCUAUGUCAAAAGUAUGGAACUAGGCCAGCCUGUACAUACAUGUAGUGUAUGUCAAUAUUAUAGAACUAGACCAGCCUGUACAUUAAUGUAGUCUAUGUCAAUAGUAUAGAGCUAGGCCAGCCUGUACAUACAUGUAGUGUAUGUCAAUAGUAUAGAACUAGACCAGCCUGUACAUUAAUGUAGUCUAUGUCAAUAGUAUAGAGCUAGGCCAGCCUGUACAUUAAUGAAGUCUAUGUCAAAAGUAUGGAACUAGGUCAGCCUGUACAUACAUGUAGUCUAUGUCAAUAGUAUAGAGCUAGGCCAGCCUGUACAUACAUGUAGUCUAUGUCAAAAGUAUGGAACUAGGUCAGCCUGUACAUACAUGUAGUCUAUGUCAAAAGUAUAGAGCUAGGCCAGCCUGUACAUACAUGUAGUCUUUGUCAAAAGUAUGGAACUAGGUCAGCCUGUACAUACAUGUAGUCUAUGUCAAUAGUAUGGAACUAGGUCAGCCUGUACAUACAUGUAGUCUAUGUCAAUAGUAUAGAGCUAGGCCAGCCUGUACAUACAUGUAGUCUAUGUCAAAAGUAUGGAACUAGGUCAGCCUGUACAUACAUGUAGUCUAUGUCAAUAGUAUAGAGCUAGGCCAGCCUGUACAUACAUGUAGUCUAUGUCAAAAGUAUGGAACUAGGUCAGCCUGUACAUACAUGUAGUCUAUGUCAAUAGUAUAGAGCUAGGCCAGCCUGUACAUACAUGUAGUCUAUGUCAAAAGUAUGGAACUAGGUCAGCCUGUACAUACAUGUAGUCUAUGUCAAAAGUAUGGAACUAGGCCAGCCUGUACAUUCAGGAAGUCUAUGUCAAUAAUGAAGAGCUAGACCAGCCUGUACAUACAUGUAGUCUAUGUCAAUAGUAUGGAACUAGACCAGUCUGUACAUUCAUGUACUUUAUGUCAAUAGUAUAGAGCUAGGCCAGCCUGUACAUACAUGUAGUCUAUGUCAAAAAGUAUGGAACUAGGCCAGCCUGUACAUUCAGGAAGUCUAUGUCAAUAAUGAAGAGCUAGACCAGCCUGUACAUACAUGUAGUCUAUGUCAAUAGUAUGGAACUAGACCAGUCUGUACAUUCAUGUACUUUAUGUCAAUAGUAUAGAGCUAGGCCAGCCUGUACAUACAUGUAGUCUAUGUCAAAAGUAUGGAACAAGACCAGUCUGUACAUUCAUGUACUUUAUGUCAAAAGUAUGGAACUAGGCCAGCCUGUACAUUCAUGAAGUCUAUGUCAAUAGUAUAGAACUAGACCAGCCUGUACAUUAAUGUAGUCUAUGUCAAUAGCAUAGAACUAGACCAGCCUGUACAUUAAUGUAGUCUAUGUCAAUAGUAUAGAGCUAGGCCAGCCUGUACAUUAAUGUAGUCUAUGUCAAUAGUAUAGAGCUAGGCCAGCCUGUACAUACAUGUAGUCUAUGUCAAUAGUAUAGAACUAGACCAGCCUGUACAUUCCUGUACUCUAUGUCAAUAGUUUAGAGCUAGGCCAGCCUGUACAUUUAUGUACUCUAUGUCAAUUGUAAAGAGCUAGGCUAGACUGUACAUUCAUGUUCUCUAUGUCAAAAGUAUAGAGCUAGGCCAGCCUUUGCAUUCAGUCUGUACAUUCAUGUAGUCAGUGAACUAGGCCAGCCUGUAUAGACCUGCAGUCUAUGUCAAUAGUUUAAAUGUUGGCCAGCCUGUACAUACAUGUAGUCUAUGUCAGUAAUGUAAAAGUAGGCCAGUCUGUACAUUCAUGCAGUCAAUCUGCUUCAACCGGUAUACCUUAAGCAAGCCUGUACAUAAAACUAUUUGCAGUUUACGUUUAAGUUAUGAGUUAGGCCAGCCUGUACAUAAAUUUUGUGCAGUCUAUGUCAAUAGAGUACAGCUAGGCCAGCCUGUACAUAAAUACAGUGCAACUAAAUGCUGACUUUUUAUAGCUCAAUUUUAGUGUUUUAAAAUUAAAAUCUCAUAUACGUACAUUUUAAUAUUCAAGUUCUAACAUGAUUUAUUUAAUGACUGACAUGAUUAAUUUAACGAAAAUACAGUAUAUCUUUAUGUUGUCAGUGACCACUUUUUGUUUUGUCUAGCUUUUGUUAAUAUUUCCAACAACCAAAAUGUUUGUUGUUCUUUUAAUAUCUGAUUAUUUUCUGUUGUAUUUACUUGUACUCUGGUAUGUUUGUUUACAUUGAUCCUGUUAACCUUCAUAUGCUAAAAAUUAUGUGUUUUCUGUACUUGAUUUAUAAUAUGUCACAUUAGAUCUGUCAAAACAUGAUCACAAAUCAUUGUUCUUCAAAUUAAAAUGCUUGUAUUUUGUAAAGAUCUGAUUUUAUUUUUGCUAGAUUUCCAAGAAAAGUAUGCCUAAAUAUUAACAUGAUUUUUGUUGACCAUAUUUCUAAAUUAAUUUAUAAAAUGUCAGAUCAAAAGGUAACUCUGGUGAGUUCUACAAGGUAUUUAGAUUAUCAUUAUUACAUAUAUUCUUAGGUACUUCAUAUUGAAAAAACACAAGUCACAAGUAGUAUUGUAAGAAUUAUACAAGAACAUGAUGAUCAGGGUAAAAAACGUCUUAAAUACAUGUAUAACAAGAAUUUAUUUCACUGCUAAUUAUCAUAAUUGGACUUGUCCAUAUUUCUGUCUGGAUAAAACCAGUAAUCAUUUUCAAUCAGUCUUACUGAAUAGCAAAGAGCACAGACCAUGAUAGAAGGCACAGCUGUGCUGGUGCUGGGUGAUCUUGGUUAGUGCUGGCUGAUCUUGGUUAGAACUGGUUUAUCUUGGUUAGAACUGGCUUAUCUUGGUAAGAACUGGCUGAUUUUGGUCAGUACUGGCUGAUCUUGGUCAGUACUUGCUGAUCUUGGUCAGUACAGACUGAUCUUGGUUAGUACUGGCUGAUCUUGGUUAGAUACUGGCUGAUCUUGGUUAGUACUGGCUGAUCUUGGUAAGUACUGGCUGAUCAUGGUUAGAACUGACUGAUCUUGGUUAGUACUGGCUGAUCUUGGUCAGUACUGGCUGAUCUUGGUCAGUACUGGCUGAUUUCCUUUCGUACUGGCUGAUCUUGGUUAGUACUUGCUGAUCUUGGUUAGAUACUGGCUGAUCUUAGUUAGUACUGGCUGAUCUUGGUCAGUACUGGCUGAUCUUGGUCAGAACUGGCUGAUUUUGGUCAGUACUGGCUGAUCGUGGUCAGUACUUGCUGAUCUUGGUCAGUACAGACUGAUCUUGGUUAGUACUGGCUGAUCUUGGUUAGAUACUGGCUGAUCUUGGUUAGUACUGGCUGAUCUUGGUCAGAACUGGCUGAUCUUGGUUAGAACUGGCUGAUCUUGGUCAGAACUGGCUGAUCUUGGUUAGAACUGGCUGAUCUUGGUUAGUACUGGCUGAUCAUGGUUAGUACUGGCUGAUCAUGGUCAGUACUGGCUGAUCUUGGUUAGAACUGGCUGAUCUUGGUUAGUACUGGCCGAUCUUGGUUAGUACUGGCUGAUCUUGGUCAGUACUGACUGAUCUUGGUCAGUACUGGCUGAUUUCCUUUCGUACUGGCUGAUCUUGGUUAGUACUUGCUGAUCUUGGUUAGAUACUGGCUGAUCUUAGUUAGUACUGGCUGAUCUUGGUAAGUACUGGCCGAUCUUGGUCAGUACUGGCUGAUCUUGGUUAGAACUGGCUGAUCUUGGUCAGAACUGGCUGAUCUUGGUUAGAACUGGCUGAUCUUGGUCAGAACUGGCUGAUCUUGGUCAGUACUUGCUGAUCUUGGUUAGUACUGGCUGAUCUUUGUCAGAAACUGGUCAAUCUUGGUCAGUACUGGCCGAUCUUGGUCAGUACUGGCUGAUCUUGGUCAGUACUGGCUGAUCUUGGUCAGUACUGGCUGAUCUUUGUCAGAACUGGCUGAUCUUGGUUAGUACUGGCAAAUCUUGGUUAGUACUGGCCAAUCUUGGUCAGUACUGGCUGAUCUUGGUCAGUACUGGCUGAUGGUCAGUACUGGCUGAUCUUGGUCAGUACUGGCUGAUCUUGGUUAGAACUGGCUGGUCUUGGUCAGAACUGGCUGAUCUUGGUUAGUACUGGCUGAUCUUGGUUAGUACUGGCUGAUCUUGGUUAGUACUGGCUGAUCAUGGUCAGAACUGGCUGAUCUUGGUUAGAACUGGCUGAUCUUGGUCAGAACUGGCUGAUCUUGGUUAGUACUGGCUGAUCUUGGUCAGUACUGGCUGAUCUUGGUCAGAACUGGCUGAUCUUGGUCAGAACUGACUGAUCUUGGUCAGAACUGGCUGAUCUUGGUCAGAACUGACUGAUCUUGGUCAGAACUGACUGAUCUUGGUUAGUACUGGCUGAUCUUGGUUAGUACUGGCUGAUCAUGGUCAGUACUGGCUGAUCUUGGUCAGUACUGGUUAAUAACCACCAGCAAAUUAAUGGUUUGAUAUAUAAAAAAUGAAAUUAAGACAAAAUAUUAUAUAUGAAAAUGUAAACAUUAUAAUUAGCUGUAAGAAUGUUGAUAUUAAAUGAAUACAACAUGUUACAUACAAAAAAAAAAGAAAAUUAGAUAUUUUAUGAAGUUGAUUUUUAUAUCUAAAUAAUAAUGUCUUCCAGUCAAGUCAUAGUGGGUAGAUCAUGAAGUAAAUAUACUUGUUGUUGUUACUUUAUAUGUGUAUAUACAAUACAUAUUUACACUUGAUGCUGCAUGCCUCCAGAUGACUGAAUGUUUAAAAAAAAAAUAACAUUCUUUUGUAUUUAAGAAAGUGGUAGUUGUAAUCUUGGCAUUAAGUAUUUAGAUAAAUUGCCUAUGUCUUAACUAAGGCACUAUCAGCAAAAUUUUUAUUUUAAAUGUCACAAUCAUUCUAAAAUAGCCUUUACUUUGUUAGUUAUAAAAUGAAAAUAUGAUUAGAAAAUAAUCAUACAAUAUAUUUAGUGUUAAAUUAUCAAAUGUACUAUGAAUAUUGACAUAACCAGUAUUUCUAAAACUAGUAUUUCUAAAACUAGUAACGCUUUCCCUACAUAUUAUUUGUUUGAAACUUGUUUAUUUUCUUGUCUGAAGGCAUGCUGUUGUUACUAUGGUGUGUUAUAGGUUUAGAGAUACUAAUGUUGUAACUAGAUAUUUAAUGUAGUAGUUUUAAAUUGAUCCAUGAUGUAGCAUUACUGUUAGAUACAUCGAAAACAUGUUUUAAUCAAAAACCUAAAAUCUUUCGGAGUGAGAUCAUUAACAAGACUCCCAGUAUUUUUAAAGGGAGACACAGGCAAAAUUUUUAUUUCUUAGUUUUGGAAUUUUCAUUUAUUAUUCUGUAAAUGCUCCCAAAAUGAAUACAUUAGACAGUCAAAAGAACAAAACUUUUCUCCAUAUAAAGAAUAAAAAGGUGGGUCAGGUUAGAGCGCUAGGAUUUCACAAUAGUUGUCAAAGUGAACUCUGGAAACGUUAAAGAACACGUCAAAUGAAUGACUUAGACUUGUUUCAAUCAUACAAUAUCUGUUAUUGUAAUUUCAAGGGUUUAUUCAAGUGACAUGACUUGUUUUAAAACUAUUCGUUGAUUUUAUUGGCGUCUAAAUUUUGUUCAAUAAAAUAGAUAUAUUUACGCUUCAAACCCAAAAUAUGUAGAAUUUAAACAGAAAUUCAUGCUAGAACUUUAAGAAAUGUCAUUUUAGUGUGAUUUGAGUACAUAAAAUCAUUUUGAUAGUUUUGUCAUUAUUUUGCCUGAAUAUCCCUUUAAGGACGAACACCAGACCACCAAAUUUUCAAACAUCAGUUGUGAAAUUUUUAGCUAUGUGUUUUUUUUAAUAAGUCAUAUUUGUUUUUUUUAUCUCCUGCAUGUUUUGGUAGCUGUCAAGUUGGCAUGGAUUUGUUGAAGGAAAACAAUGUUUUUCAACAUACAUUUCAUUCAACAAUCUGAUAUUUAUUUGUAAGCAAUAUAUUAUGAAGUAUAGAAUAGAAUAGAUGGAUGUAGUAUUCACAUGACUCUAAAUUCUACAAGUAUGUAAGAUAACCCUGUUACAAGGAGAGCUUUGGAACAAUGAUAACACAAAGAACAGGCUGAAAAUUACACUCUAUAUUGAAGUAUUCAUAUGAAAUGAUUGGGACAGGACUAUACUGUAGGUUAAAGGAAACUUGUUUUCAUGGGGAAAAUGCUUUGUUUUUAUAUAAUAUAUACUUUUUUUGAUACAGAACUUUAAAUUUUUUGAAAAUUUUAAUAAAGAAGAUGAGAGUUAAUGAAAGCAUGCGGCUAACGAUAUACAAUUAAAGCAAAAUUCUUCAGAAUCAUUCAGAAUAGCAAUAUGAUUUAUGUUAUAUAGAUUUUAUAUUGUUUUCCACAAUUUCCUGUUGUCAGUGUACUGUAUUGAAUAUCCCGUGCCAUCAUUAUCCAGUAUAUGUUUUAUAUCAUUAAAUUAUUACUGUAAAAUUUCUAGUCGAACUUGUUUAAGCAACAUUGUAUAGUAAAUGGUAUACAAAUUUUA